AUGAAGUUGUCAAUUCUUGCUCUUGCGACUGCCUAUACCGCCAAUGCUGCAGUCGUUGGCGAAAGACAGGCAUACGGCGUGAAGGGCUCUCCUGAAGGUUUUGGCAAAGGCACUACAGGAGGUGGCAACGCAGCAUGCCAGAUCCCUUCUUCCGUCGCCCAGUUGAAGACGUGGCUCACCGAUAGCACUGCCCGUUGCAUUGUGCUGGACCGCGAGUUCAACUUCAAGGGCACCGAGGGCACUACUACUGCCACUGGUUGCCGUCCCGCAUCCAACAAAUGUCCAGGCAAUGGAGGCCAGGAUGCCAUCAACCAAGCUAACUGGUGUACUAAUGGUAAUGCUGGUGCUGGAGCAACGAGUAUUCAAGUCAAAUACGACAAUGCUGGAAUCAAUGCUAUCAAUCUAGGCUCCAACAAGUCCAUCAUCGGUGUCGGCAACAAAGGUGUGAUUCGUGGCAAGGGUCUCCGCAUUGCAAACGGAGCAAAGAACAUCAUCAUCCAAAACAUUCACAUUACUGAGCUCAACCCCCAAUACAUCUGGGGUGGCGAUGCCAUCACCCUCGAUGGCGCUGACCUAGUAUGGGUCGACCACUGCAAAGUUUCCCUCAUCGGCCGUCAAAUGUUCGUAGCCGGCUACGGCGCCUCCAACCGCGUCACAGUCUCCAACACGGAGUUUGACGGCUCGACCUCGUGGUCCGCGACCUGCAACGGCCGCCACUACUGGACCAUGCUGCUCAUCGGGUCCAACGACCUCAUCACCCUCAAGGGCAACUACAUCCACCACACUUCCGGCCGCAGCCCGAAAGUCGGUGGUAACACACUACUACACGCUGUGAACAACUACUUUUACAGCAACACGGGCCACGCCUUUGACAACGAAAAGGGCGGUAAGAUUGUUGCGGAGGGCAACGUGUUCCAGAAUGUUGCGACUCCCCUGCUGGCGAACACGGGCCAGUUCUUUGCGUCGCCGUCGACGAGCGCGAAUGCGGCUUGCAGUCAGUACCUGGGCCAUGCGUGCCAGCUUAACUCUUUUGGAAGCAGUGGCUCGCUGAGUGGAAGUGACACAUCGUUCUUCUCCAACUUUGGAGGUAAGAAUGUUGCGGGUGCUUCGGCGGCGAGUGCGAAUGUGGCGAACACGGCUGGUGUUGGUAAGAUCUAG